AUGUCACCGGAAAAGUCACCCGAGCUAACCAGGGAUGGGUUUGGCCACGAACAAUCCCCGACGAUGGAAACACAAUCAACAGAGGAUAAUAACGACACAACACACGUGGACAUAGAGUCAAGUCUAUCAGCAUGGAUCUGCGUCAUUGGAAGUUUCUUCUUUCUCAUGCCCACAUUCGGCAUGAUGCAAUCCGUUGGAACAUUCCAAUCUUAUCUCGAAUUGAACCAAUUGAGCGACUACACAGCCGGCGAGAUUGGUUGGAUCCCCGGCAUGUACAUGUUCGUUUCCAUGCUUGUGGCCAUUCAAGUUGGGCCAGUUCUUGAUCAGCAUGGGCCCUUCGCAGUGAGCAUCAUAGGCGGUGGCGGCAUCGUGGUCAUGUUCGUCCUACUAGCUGAGUGUAAAGAGUAUUGGCAGUUCAUGCUGUGCUUUGGGAUACUUGGUGGACUCGCGACGGCCAUUGCUGGUACUAUAGGCGUUACUGUCGUCGCCAAACUCUUCUCAAGAAGAAGAGGGUUGGCUAUUGGGCUGGCUCUCACCGGAUCGUCGAUCGGCACAGUCAUAUUCCCCAUCAUGCUUCGAUCACUACUACCCAAGGUCGGAUGGAGCUGGUCAAUACGUAUUUUGGCCUUUGUCAUUCUCGGUAUCUUCAUCCUCGGCACUCUGUGUCUCAUUCCUUAUAAGCGACUAACCAAACUCGCUGCUGUACCUGUCACCAAAAAAAGCGGUACGGCAGUUCUCAACUUCUCAGCUUUUCGAUCUGUUCCAUUUUCAUUGCUAUCAGUCAUGUAUUUCACCAUCCAGUUUGUACUCUAUGGCAUUGGUGGUUUGCUCCCUACGUUUGCAAUCCAAGCUGGUCUGAAAGCCGAGGCUGGCUAUACCUUGCUUUCUAUUGUCGGCGGAGCUUCAGCCUUUGGCCGUGUCAUUCCUGGAAUAGCUGGCGAUAAGUUUGGUCAUUGCAAUGUUUUGAUCUUCAUGAUGGCAAUGACACUUGUCUUCAUGGGUACUUUGUUUGUGCCAUUUGGUAACAGAAGCGUUGUACUCUACGUUUUCACUGGCCUGUGGGGAUUCUGCUCUGGAGGGUUCCUUUCCAUCACACCAGUAUGUGUCGGCAAGACAUGCGAUCCCAAAGAAUACGGACGGUACUAUGGUACCCUUAACUUCUUCAUCAGCUUCUCUUUGCUGGUAUCUAUUCCUGCUAGUGGUACCAUGGUUGAGAGAAUGGGUACUCAGGCACUGAGUGGACUUUUAACCGGUAUACUUGCGCUAGGCUUAGGGUGUCUGGUCGCUGCAAGAGCCUUUCUCAUUGGCGAGUGGUUCUCAAUCAAGACCAAGAUAUAA